UCCUUUGUUCAUUUUCCGGAGCUAUAGGUGGCGCUAAUACACCAGCCGUCCGUACUGGAAGUUGAAGGAAGAGUAGAAGAAGAAAGGUCAACACAAAACAGGAGAGGAGGCGCGCAUUACAGGAGUGCAGUCACUACUUUCUUAACUUCAGAGGCUCGUAUCUUCUAAAUAUUUAACAUUUGAGCCGUUGUUUAGACAAACCGGAAAAACGACGAAGUCUCUGCCCUGUUACCGAUCAGUCUAGAGUCAUGUCACGACAGAUGGGAGACAGCCAUCGACGGUUCCUGCAGACCAUGAUGGCCAAUGGCAUUGUUGAUGAACAGGGGGCGAGGAAGCUCAUCGCACAUUGUUGUGAAGCCUCCAACGCCCAGCACAAUCCUGACAAACUGGAUGAUUUCAUUGAAACCAUCAACUUGAAGCUGCAGCCCAUGUUCAUGCAGAUUACAAAAGGGAUGUCUGAAGACAGCGGCCAUCAAUUCUACGCAUUGGUGAACAUGGCGGAGACUGAUGUCACACGUAUGUCGUCAGAUUAUGCUGACAAUGAGCUAGAGCUGUUCAGGAAAACGAUGGACUUGAUCGUUUGUUCUGAGAAGGGCAAUGCCUCAUCCACUGAUAUUCUGAACAGCGCUGACACCAUGACCACCAAAAAGCUGAAGAAGAGCGAGACAGAGCACCUCUUGAACCGUCUCGUGCAUGACAAAUGGCUCAAUGAGAAACGGGGUGAGUACACUUUGUCCACCAGAUGCAUUAUCGAGAUGGAGCCAUACAUUCGCACAAUGUAUCAGGAUCAGGUCAAAGUGUGCCACAUCUGUCGCAACAUCGCUUUCCAGUGCCAAAUUUGUGAGAACCCUGCAUGUGGUAUAAAAAUACACAACCCAUGUGUUGCCCGAUACUACAAAGGGAGAGCAGAGCCAAGGUGUCCAGCAUGUGAUGACUUUUGGCCGCAUGAAAUCCCGGAAGUCAGGCGGCCCAAGUCUCAGUCCAGAAAAUGAGGAGUUCAACUUCAAAUGUGUUUUUGUUUUUUAUACUUUAACAUUUCUAUGUAUAAAAAAACUGUUAAUUUAAAUUACUUUAUAGUUAUAUUUACAAAAAUAAAAUGUUUCACAACAAUGUCUUUAACAUGUUUAUUUCGCAAAAAUAUAAUUUCUUAUAGUGGUAGUUGUGGACACACUAUAUCUGCUUUGAGAUGAAUACUAAUUUUCUUACAGAUUGUUUCCUACUAUACUUUCAAAACCAAAAUAAGACAACAUUUUCUUAACAUUUUCUUUUGCUUAGCAUUUGAAACAAUGUGAGGUAAUGAAAAACUAGAGUCAUGUUGUAUUUCUUCAAAGCUAAACAUGUUCUAGAAUACCAUUUUUUUUUUUUUAAAUCUGUAUUAUAGUACCAUCUUGAUAUAUCUUUCACACAAUCCUUGAGCAGUAACAAUGUUGUGACUGAUACAUAAACCAUGUCCCAAAAAAAAAAAAAAAA